AUGAGAAAGUUGCCAGAGGAGGCACAUGGGAGUUUCAGAGAUUAUAGCGUGGAGUUUGAAUCCCGCCUUCGCAGAUCGGUCUCCCCGGUGGUCACCGAAAAAGGGUUCAGCGUCGACGGGGGCCUUCAGCAUCGACGGGGGCCUUCAGCAUCGACGGGGGCCUUCAGCGUCAACAGAGACCUGCAGCGUCAACGGGCUUCAGCGUCAACAGAGGCCUGCAGCGUCGACGGGGGCCUUCAGCAUAGACGGGCUUCAGCGUCAACAGAGACCUGCAGCGUCAACGGGGGCCUUCGGCGUCAACGGAGGCCUACGGCGUCGACGGGCUUCAGCGUCAACAGAGACCUGCAGCGUCAACGGGGGCCUUCGGCGUCAACGGAGGCCUACGGCGUCGACGGGGGCCUUCAGCAUCAACGGGAGCCUUCAGGAUUGACGGGAGCCUUCAGUGUCAACAGAGACCUGCAGCGUCGACAGGAGCCUUCAGCAUUGAUAGAGGCCUGCAGCGUCGACAAGGGUUUGCAGCGACACACACAUGCAGUAUCGACAGAUGCCUUCAGCGUCGACAGAGACCUACAGCAUCAGAAGCCCACAGUGUCGGUAGGAGCUUCAUAG